AUGAUCGAUCUUCAUGAUGAUAAUGAGAUUGUUAAAAUUGAUUUGCUAGUUGGACAUACAUCAACAAUUCGAGCAGAACCAACAACUACUCAUAAUCCACCACGUACUCAUGACUGGGAAGUUUAUGUACGUCCAGCUGAUGCUCAUAGUGAUUUAAGUUGUCUUAUACAACGUUGUGUCUUUUAUCUUCAUCCAGAAUAUCCAGAUAAAAAGCGAGAACUAAAAGCAACACCAUUUGUUAUACAAGAAUCAGGUUAUGCUGGUUUUCAUCUGCCAAUUGAAAUAUUUUUUAGAACAGAAAAAGCUCCUAAAAAAUUUCGUAUUGAAUAUGAUCUUGAUUUACAUACCAAUGUUGAAGGCCAUCCAUAUCAUCAAAAAGAAAGUUACGUACGAAAAUAUCGUUAUACAUUUUAUGAUCCUGAUCCAGAUUUUCGACAAAAAAUCUUAGCUGCUGGUGGGAAAAUGAAAGAUAUCGAUACAGUAUCAACUAAUAAUAAUGAUAGUAUUGUUGAAGAAGAAUCAACUCCACCACCAGCACCAGCAUCAGCACCAUCAGAGUACGACCCAGACCCCGCUCGCCCGGAUCGAGAUCUGAAAACUUUGUUUUAA